AUGGACAGCACCUGCGAGCCCUCGGUGCAGGCCCACACGCUCGUCCUCGACCUGUUCCCGUUCGACUCAGCCUUCUCUCAACCUCUGUUCGCCUCGGUCCUCGUCCUCUCGAAAGGCGCCGUCCUCGUCUCUGUGGGCGGUCAGCCGCUCCCCUAUGCCUUUGCCAAGGACUCGAGCGUCGCCAUGACCCGUCCGAAUGCCCCUCCUUCAGCGACUAGCCUCGGCCCUGCAUCGUCCUCGACCUCGUUGGCGGCACGACUAGCGAAGCGCUACGCCUCGCAGGUCUUCCUCACCCUCGACCUCGCCUCGCUCGCCGACGGCGCCGCAGGCCCUUCUGCCGCCGACCGCGCCGUCAUGUCCAUGGAGAAGGCCCUCGUCACCGAGCUCGACAAGGUCCUCGAGCGAAGGAAGGCCUGA